UGGCUGCUCUGUUACACAAAAACAACAUGUCAAAAAUGAAGGCUUCUUGAAAACUUGAUUAUAUUGCUUUAUCAAGACCUCUUUUAUGUCGCCACUCGGAUAGUCUGCAUUAAUUGAACAACAUGCACUUUUAGGGAUGUUAAAAGAUAGAAUCUAGAUCUAGUAAUUUUAGAUCUAGUCUCUAAGGAUUCUAGCUGUAGAUGUCAUUCAAGAGUAACAGCGUCACAUAUCAGUAAUCAUAAUGAUGCAAACAUUUUUAGAAGAUGCAGAAAACUCCCUAAAUCACAGAACCACUGCUCAAAAUGGAUCACAGUCAUCAAAUGAUUCAGAUUAUGAUGAUGAUGAUCCAUUUCUCUAUGACCAGUUCUUGCAUGAUCCUGACUGGGCAAAAGCAAAUAGAGAAGAGGUGGUGGCGAAAGUGUUGGUUGAUCCUGGACCAUUUCGUUACAACAAGAGGGUAUUUGUCACUAGUCUUCCCGCUGCUCUUUUAGUUUUAGCUCUGGGGGGUGAAACGUUGGUACUUAUGGCUGCAGUAGGAACAGCUUUAUUGGCUUUUAUGUCUCAGUUAGGAGACAGCAGAAGAUGUGUUAUUACAUUUGUCAUUAUCUUCAUACCAAGUCACACAUAUAUUUUAGCUUCAGUCAUUCCUCUCCUAUGGUUGUCAGGCUGGCACAGUCUGUUGAUAGCACUUGUCAAUUUGUUUGUCAUACUGACUGCUGGUUGGGUCUUACUGCAGUUUAAAGCUUUCAGAAUGGAAGAACCAACAAUUGCUUCUGUCAUUGAGCAAAUGCUGUUUACAAUUUAUCCUCUUGUGUGCACUGGACUUGUUUGUUGGGCAUUAGGAGCAGUCAUUUCCACAUCAGUCAUUCCAGUUAUCUUUUCUUGUAUUUGGUUUGUCUUGCUUCAAUUGUAUCUGGUACCCACUUUGUCUUCAUUUAAAACUCAGUUAAAGCCAGAUGACAACCUGGAUGUGGUGCAGGUGCCAAUAGUUGUGGCCACUGUGGUUGUGUUUGUCUUGCUGGGUCCACUGCUCCAUAUUUUCUUGUCUUUCUUUGCUGCUGAUGCUCCAGGUUUCACGACAUUGUUUUUUGUUCAUUUGUUGUUUUUGUUUUCUCUAUCUCUCUUCCUGUCCACCCUGCUAAGUAUAAGUCAGAUAUUUGAAUACUUAGGUCUACCUACUAGGACAUCCAUAAAUGUCCGCUGGAUCAGUGGCAUUAUCUGCACCUGUUUGUCUUAUCCUGUGUUACAUGCCUAUGGAUUGGACUCCCAUUUUCUGCCCCUUCUCCCUGUUGCCAUAGGAAUCUUCGCAGCUCUUGGUGUUGUGCUGGCCUUUAAGAAGAAAAAAGUUGCCAUGGGGGUUUUAGCUCUUGUACUAGCCUUGAGUCUUAUUGCACUCUUCAUCUUGUGGAUACAGAGAAUGCCUCAUAAUUUACAGCAAUAUUUUCUAGGUAUAUUCCCAUUGAACACUUUCUACUUUUUAAUGUGUGCCAAUUUUCUUCUCUGUCUUCUGUGUCUGUGGAUGGCAUCCAUCAAUGCAAAAGAGUUGCUUGGUGUACUUAUUAUACUGCAAGCGUUUGUUUUAACCAUUUGUGAAAUUUCUUUGCACAAUUCUAACUUUUACUCUGCCACCAAAAUUCAACUGACGGCCAUCACUGCCAGUUAUACUCUGCACCGCCUUCAGGUAUCAGAUAAAAUCACCCGGCAGGUGGCUAUCAUUGCAACAGGAAUCCACACCGCUAAAUCUCUUGCCAGUGCUACAUCGGUGGUACUAGAUGGUGACAGCAGAACUAUCACAAUGCUGGAAAUGUCAGCUUUAAUGUUUAUGACCUACUCCUUGGUGUCUGUGUUUCUGUAUGGAACAGUGGGAGAGAAGUCUGGAAUGGAGGUUCUGAAACAAUUGCUCAUGCUGUUGGCAUCUCUGGCAAUCAAUAGUCACCAGCUGCUGCUUCCAGUUUCUAUGAUGCUGUUCCAGGGCUCAACAUCUUUUACUAAUGUCAUUGGUUUGUGGUGCAUGAUAGGAGGAGGUCUAGUUCUUCUCUACAGUCAAGCCAUUAGCUCUAUUUAUUCACUACAAAUCUUAAAAGUGGCCCUGGCAUUAGGUGUGAUGGGAAUAUGUGUGAUGAUAUUGCACCCUCAGUUGGCAUUCAGCUUCCACUCAGUUUUUCAGUGGUCAGAAAUCUUGAGUUUAUUCUCUUUGGCUGCCAUCCUCUCUCUGCAAGUAAAGCUAACCCCAAACCUGCUGGUCAUUGCUGCCAUUGUUUUCUCUGUUUGCCCAGGCAUGAGAGCAUCAUUGUAUCUUUGGUCUCACCUGUCUGUUUGGUACACAAGUCUAUGUGUAGUUGACACAUGUGCUCUGCUUAUUUUAGUCUUUGUGUGUGUUUUUAUAUCAGAGAUGACUGAAGCCUCUGACAAAAUCAUGAAAUUUAGUAUUGUGGCUGCAAUGUCUUGUUCAUUGGGCUUGUUGUUAUUGGACAUUUGUCUUCUGAUGCCCACCUUCUGGUACCUGAUGGAAAUGCCUGCAUGGAAAGCUAUUCUCGUCACAUGCUUAAUCAUUUCCAUAACCUUGAAAGUUGUCAUGACAACAAAAGGACCUGACAGACUUCCCACAUCCAGUGUAGAGGAAAGAAAAUUGUCCCUUCCAUUAAUAGCUAACAUCAUUACCUUGGCAGCAUUUCUAGUGGCUUGCUCUCAAGGUCCUUCCGAUCCAGUCCUGCAUGACUUGUGGUGUUGUACAUUUACCACCAUACUUGGAUGCUUGCACCAAGACCACAUCUUCUUGCCGCGACUCACAGGGGACAAACAAGCGACACCCACUAUUAUGGCUUCUCUGGGCAUUCUGAUCAUCUCCACCAUCUGCAGGUCAAGGCUGUGGUCAUGGUCAUCAUUCCUCAUCAUUGCCGGCGGCAUGGUGGAGGUCAUUCUGGUAUUCCUGAUCCUGCCUGUGUUUUACGUCGCGUGGGGGAUACUUUGGCGAGGGCAGAUCCUAUCUGAGCCUGCUGUGGUGUUCCUGACCCCGUACAGUAUCUUGCUGAUUCUUCUGGCCACCACGUACUCCACAUGGAUCUUGGCUGUCUCUUGCCUGGUAGCAGGGAUGUGGAUGUUGAUGUACAAACUUCCAAUGGUACCAUACAACUCAGACUCAGUGGAUCACUACAGAUAGUCAUGGUAAAUGGGGAUAGUCAUGGUACUUGGGGUUGAAUGGGAUGUACAACUCAGACUCAGUGGAUCACUACAGAUAGUCAUGGUAAAUGGUGAUAGUCAUGGUACUUGGGGAUGAAUGGGAUGUUUGAUUACUGACAAUGAAAUCAUGUUACUUUGUUUAUUUGUGUAAUUUAUAAUCAUAAAUGUUUUUUGCAGGUAUGAUAGGUGCA